AUUAAUAUACAAUACAAUGAUUUGUUGGCGGACAAAACUACUUUCAUUUACGAACUCAAAGAUAUUUGCAAUCCUUCUAACUAUUCCAGUUGUUGCAACAAUAACAUUAAACUUGUUUGUUGUUAUCAUAAUCAUUAGAAUGAAGAAAAGAGAAAUACGUAAUUGUAUUUUACUUUCGCUUUCUACCUCUGACUUGUUUGUUGGAAUGAUACUUGGUCCCAUAACCAUUACGCAAUUUUUAAAUACUGAUCUGUUAUCAAAUUGCACAGUUCAUUUUAUUCGCGGUUAUAUACUAGUUUUUCUUGUCGGUUCUUCUUUGUCAACACUAGCAGUGAUUUCGUACGAUAGAUAUUUAUUACUGAGUAAAUUAACAAACUACAACAAAUAUAUGACUAAAAAAAAAGUGAUUUUUCUAAUUGGCUUUGCUUGGUUUUUUCCUGGAUUCAUUCCUAUUUUAAAAAAAAUUAAUAUGACAACUUAUGUUAUUUUACGUAUCAUUAAUUGCACGCUUCCUCUACCUACACUUGUAGUUUUUUAUUUCCUAAUCACAAAGGAAGUUCAUAAAAGAGAAGUCAUGCUUCGCCGGUACAAAUCAAAUAGUACCAAAUUGAAAAAAAUAGUUUUUGAUAGUAUUGAAUCAAACAAUAGCAUAUCAAGCAAAGAUAAUAAUAUCGAUUCAACGAAAUAUUCGGUAAACUAUUUACGCACAGAAAAUUCUAGAAAACUUAAGUAUAACAUAAGAGUGGCAAAAUCUGUCACUUUACUUAUCACCUGUUAUUUUACAUUCAUUUUUCCUUUAAACCUUUUUAUGAUCUUAGAACUUGCAAAUGUACAAUAUAGUCCAGAAGCACAUGAAAUUUUUUAUAUGUGUGCCGUUUUCUUUAUGCAAGUCAAUUCUUGUAUAAACCCGCUAAUCUAUUAUUCUAAACAAAGGGAUAUAAAAAAAGGGUAUCAGCAAAUUUUAAAAUUGAUUUCUUCGGAAUGUGGUUCUUCUAGAAACUUAAAAAUAUCGGAGACAUCAACAGACUUAAAACUUGAAAAAGCGUUUAGUACAGUCAAGCUCGCAAACGACUAGUUAAUUAAGCUAAUUAAAUAGCUAAUUAAUCAAACAGAUUAUUAUAAAAUUGUGAGAAAAGUCAAAUUAGAACUUUAGAAACUUGGAACAAAUAUUA